AUGGUGAACUUUGAUUUAUGCAAAAUCUACAUAAUAGGAACUUUUGAAUGUCGGCAUUCAUAUCCUUCAAACGAUUUAAUUUCACAACGGAGAAAUAAUAGUCAAGAAUUUCUGGAAGUAAAAGACGACGAUAAUCCACCCAAAGGUUGUUGUCCAUGUUGCUUUCGAUUUUGCCUGCCGUGUCGAAGAGCACGUUGCGUACGUUGUUGUCGUCGGAAUAAAAACAAAAACAGCGAUGAAUCCACACAGCCUGUAUUGUCAGCGACUAGUAGUGCUACAACUACAAAUCUUGAGGUAAUUGAUGAAACUCGCAGCUUAGACCAAAAGAAGAAGACAAGUUGUUGGCAAAAACUUAAUUGUUGCAAAAGUUGUAAAAGGAAAAAGUCAAAAACUCAAGCUGAAGAAGAAGAAAGUGUCAUUGCCGAGCGACAAUCGAAAAUGGAAGGAAGACCAAUGUCACCAACGAAACAAAAUAAAUGUGGUUUGUGUUUGAGUAAAAUUUUCUGCUGUCGUUCGGUGAAUAAGAUCGAUCCAAAAACUGGUCAUGAAACUGAGGUUAACAAGUGCUGCUUUUGCAUACCAUGCAUUUGUAAACGAGGCCCAAGAGGUUCUACAGUGAGCUCUGUAGGCGGUUCACUGGGUGCAGGCUCCGCUGCUUGGCAAGAUCCGGAACGUGGCAUAUCUGCAACAGAUGCUUCAGUCUUACAAGGAGUGGAUGAAACACCAAAAGAUGGCUGCUGUAAACGUUUCUGGAGUCGAGUAUUUUUCUGUAGAAAAGAGAAGGUACCCAAGCCAAGCGAGAGUAGACGUCAAAGUAUCAAGGCUCCACCACCACCGACAGAAGAUACUCGACGUAAGCUUCAUGUGGACUUAGUGGAAUACAAUUCAAAAAUGAAAGGUGCUAUACCAGUGUUACCACUAUUUUUGGCAUGGUUUUGUGCUAUUUGCAACACUGUUGUUCCAGGGCUUGGUACUCUCUUAUCUGGUAUAUUCUGCAUUUGUAUUGGCAUACCACGUUUUUCUCAGCACGAUAGCGCAAAGGCACGCGUUGGGUCUCUUAUAAUAAAUAUAAUUGUGGCAGUUGCUCAGCUAUUUUGUGUACUCUUCUGUUUCGUUGGUUGGGGUUGGUCCAUUUGGUGGGGUACAAUUAUGCUCAAAUGUGCCAGAAAACUUAAUAAAAUCAAGAAGGUGGAACAGCUUGAAAAGGAAGAGGAACGUCGACAGGCUGAAGCCGCAGCUGCUAUUGAGGCAGCUGGUCGUGCAAUAGUUGCUGCAGAAGCCGAAGCGGCCAAAGCUUAAAUACCCUAAUUUUUUCAUUUUCUCUAUGUUUUGGAGAAAAGCUACAGGCUAAGCCUGCAGCAGCUACUGCAACAGUUUGUCGUACAAUAAUUGCUGUCUAUAAGGAACGAUAAUAGCUUUAAUACAAAUUAUUAACAAAAUCUAAAUUUAUUUAGGAAACUUUAAAUGCGAGUAACAAAGAAAU